GGCUCAGUCUCUGCAUGCAUGCUCCACGCUGCACACUGACACGCAAUUAACACUCAAUUAAGCGCUUGCUACUUUCCACGACGCUGGACGGAGCCACCAUUCACUUGUGGAGGGUGUGGAAGCAGCCUGCUGCGAGCAUCCGUGCAAACAUGACCGAGGGCUGCGAGUUCGAGAUCGACGUGGAGAGCGUGGAGGCCGAGGCCGACGAUCAGUGCGAGCUGGCCGGCCGCGCGGCGGACGCGGAGGAGGAGCCGGCGGAGGGAGACGGCUGUCACGGCCACCGCAAGCCGGGCCUCGGCGGCCUGAGCCUGGGCGAGCAGCGCAAGCUGAGCCGCACGCCCAAGUGCGCCCGCUGCCGCAACCACGGCGUGGUGUCGUGCCUGAAGGGACACAAGCGCUUCUGCCGCUGGAGGGACUGCCAGUGCGCCAACUGCCUGCUGGUGGUGGAGCGGCAGCGGGUCAUGGCGGCGCAGGUGGCGCUAAGGAGGCAGCAAGCCACCGAGGACAAGAAAGGACUAUCUGGCAAACAGAUUCCAGCAGAGAGGCGGACCAUCUAUCAGCGACAUGUUCGUCCAUCCACUCUGCUGGCCAAAAGCAUCCUGGAAGGGUUUCGCCCGGGGCCGACCGACUCCUUCCUAGCCGUCAACCCCUCCCUCCCGCCGCCGCUGAGCGACCGGAUGAGGAAGCGGCGGGCGUUCGCCGACAAGGAGCUGGAGAGCAUCAUGCUGGAGCGCGAGUACAAGGAGCGUGAGCUGCUGGAGAACGGCCAAACCUCGCUGCUCUUCCCGAGCAACAUGGCGCACCACCCUGCCGACUACAACUCCUACAAGGCGGCGUAUUCGCCCGAGACGGCGCCCAAAGACCUGUGCGGCCUGCUGGGCCCCGCCUGCCUUGAUGUUUCCAUGCCGUACUCGGCCUCCGCCAACGUGGAGCUCAUCUCGUCCAACGUGAGCGUGGCCACCACUUACCGCCACUACCCGCUGCAACCGGCGCGGGGCGGCGGCGGCGGCGGCGGCGCGGGCUUCGUCAUGUGGCCCAGAGGGGCCGCCAACUUAGGCGACGCCCUUCUGUACCAGCAGUGCCUUUUCAACGCCACGGCGGUGCAAAACAUGAAGCCCGGCGCCAUCUGGGAGCCUAAAACCAUGCCCGCCGAGAGCCAGGCGCCGGAGCAGGACCCCACCGACGUGCUCGCCGCCUUGCCGCAGGACCCCGCCGAGCAAAAAACUGCCUGCGCCAAGCAAAGCGGGCAAAGAGAGUGCUCGGCCUUCUACCCCCCGAAGAGGAGCUUCGGUCCCGCCUUCCAUGACAGCUCGCCGCCGAUGAAAGCGGGCAAGGACGCCGGCAAGUUCUCGGUGAAGGUCAACUCCACCUUCCACUCGCUCAUCCAGCAUUCUUUGGCGGACAGGAACAGCGGCGGGGCGCCGUGCUGCAAGGAGCUCCUGCAGGAAGCCGCACGCAAGCUCAGGGAAAGCUCCGCCAGGGACGCUCAGGCCGCCAAAAUCGCCGGCAGGUACGCCAAAGACUUCACGUCCAAACCCGGCGGGACCAAGGUGGCCCCGGGCGAGUCCUUGUCCUUCUCUGUGGAGGCCAUUCUGAAAAGGCCUGCCAUGAGUCGGGCCUUCCAUUGAAUUAACACUAACCCUGUUUCCAUAUGAGUUGAGAAAUUGUGUUUGAUGUAAAUAUAAACGGAAUACAAUGAUUUGCAACCCAAAUUCAGUUGAAUAUGCUACAAAGACAACAUAUUUGAUGUUCAAACUGAUUAAAAAAAAUCAUUUUUGUGCAAAUAAUCAUUAGCUUUAGAAUUUGAUGCCAGCAACACCCGACAAAGAAGUUGAGAAAAGUGGCAAUAAAUACUGAUAAAGUUGAGGAAUGCUCAUCAAACACUUAUUUGGAACAUCCCACAGGUGUGCGGGCUAAUUGGGAACAGGUCUUUCGCAAGAAAGGACGGGGCGAGGUACACCCCUUUGUCCACAACUGCGUUAAGAACAACAUAUCUCAAAGUGCAAUUGCAAGAAAUUGAGGGAUUUCAACAUCUACGGUCCAUAUUAUCAUCAAAAGGUUCAGAGAAUCUGGAGAAAUCCAUCAGGCUUUCCCCUGACAGUUUGUCUAUGUUUUAGUUUUUUCCUCUGCAUUUGUCUUUAGUCCCUGUCUAGUGCUCUUAUUUUGUCAGCUUCCUGUCUUGUUCCCUGAGUGCUGUGUUCCUCCUCAGCUGCGGCUGAUUUGCACCUGGCCACACCUGUUGCCAAUCAGCCCGCUCCUGUUUGUACCUGCUUUGUCUUGUGUCAGUUGCUGGAUCAUUGUAUUGGAUUGUUGUUCUACCUGUUGUGUCAUUUUGUUAUAGCUCAUACCUGUUGUGCUACAUUUUGUCCUGGUCGUCGUAGCGGUAAGCUAUUAGCUAUUUCCAGUUUUUCUGUUUGUUUCCCACUAGCUUCCAUGCUAAAGUUCCUUUUUGUUUUUCUAGCUCCCAGUGCUAGCUCCCUUAGUUUGUUAUUCCGCCCACGUGCGUGCUUUUUGUUUGUUCUUGUUCUAUUAUUUAUAUGCCUGCCUCCGUCUCUGCAUCUUGGGGUUUGACAACAAAUACCCCUGACAACCACCUGUGUUUCCUCCGUGUUUAGUAUCUCCUGUCUUUAGUUCCUGUCUAGUGCUCUUUUUUUGUCAGCUUCCUGUGGUGUGUUCCUCCUCAGCUGCAGCUGAUUGGCACCUGGCCACACCUGUUGCCAAUCAGCCCGCUCCUAUUUGUACCUGCUUUGUCUUGUGUCAGUUGAUGGAUCAUUGUAUUGCAUUGUCGUUGCCACAUGUCACUCUUGUCGUGCUACCUGUCGUGUCGUUUUGUUACAGCUACUACCUGUCGUGCUACAUUUUGUCCUGGUCGUCGUAGCGGUAAGCUGUUUCGGUUAGCAUUAGCUAUUUCCAGUUUUUCUGUUUGUUUUCCACUAGCUUCCAUGCUAAAGUUCCUUUUUGUUUUUCUAGCUCCCAGUGCUAGCUCCCUUAGUUUGUUAUUCCGCCCACGUGCGUGCUUUUUGUUUGUUCUUGUUCUAUUAUUUAUAUGCCUGCCUCCGUCUCUGCAUCUUGGGGUUUGACAACAAAUACCCCUGACAACCACCUGUGUUUCCUCGGUGUUUAGUAUCUCCUGUCUUUAGUUCCUGUCUAGUGCUCUUAUUUUGUCAGCUUCCUGUCUUGUUCCCUGAGUGCUGUGUUCCUCCUCAGCUGCGGCUGAUUGGCACCUGGCCACACCUGUUGCCAAUCAGCCCGCUCCUGUUUGUACCUGCUUUGUCUUGUGUCAGUUACCGGAUCAUUGUAUUGUCAUUUGUAUUGUCGUUGCCACAUGUCACUCUUGUUGCGCUACCUGUCGUGUCGUUUUGUUACAGCUACUACCUGUCGUGCUACAUUUUGUCCUGGUCGUCGUAGCGGUAAGCUGUUUCUGUUGGCAUUAGUCAUUUCCAGUUUUUCUGUUUGCUAUCCACUAGCUUCCAUGCUAAAAAACAUUUUUGUUUUCUAGCUUCCAGUGCUAGCUCCCUUAGUUUGUUAUUCCGCCCACGUGCAUACUUUUUGUUUGUUCUUGUUUAGUUUUAAUUAAAUCAUGUUUUGAUAUUCUAAGCCUGCCUCCGUCUCUGCAUCUUGGGGUUCGACAUCAACUAAUAACUCUGACAAAAUCACUCCACUUAAGCGGCAUGGCCGGAAACCAACAUUGAAUGACCGUGAUCUUCGAUCCCUCAGACGGCACUGUAUCAAAAACCGACGUCAAUCUCUAAAGGAUAUCACCACAUGUGCUUAGGGACACUUCAGAAAACCACUGUCACUAAACACAGUUUGUCGCUACAUCUGUAAGUGCAAGUUAAAGCUCUACUAUGCAAAGCGAAAGCCAUUUAUCAACAACAUCCAGAAACACCGCCGGCUUCUCUGGGUCAUCUAAGAUGGACUGAUUCAAAGUGGAAAAGUCUUCUGUGGUCUGACGAGUCCACAUUCCAAAUUGCUUUUGGAAAUAUUCGACAUUGGGGCGAAGUUGGUAGAGUGGCUGUGCCAGCAAUCUGAGGGUUAUUGGUUCAAUCCCCACCUUCUACCAUCCUAGUCACGUCCGUUGUUUCCUUGGGCAAGACACUUCACCGUUGCUCCUGAUGGGUCCUGGUGAGCGCCUUGCAUGGCAGCUCCCGAUGACAGUGUGUGAAUGUGUGUGUGAAUGGGUGAAUGUGGAAAUACUGUCAAAGCCCUUUGGGCUCCUUAAUAAGGGGUAGAAAUGCGCUAUACAAGUACAACCAAUUUACCAUUUACCAUCGUGUCAUCCGGACUAAAGGGGAAGCGAACCAUCCAGACUGUCAUCGACGCAAAGUUGAAAAGCCAGCAUCUGUGAUGGUAUGGGGGUGCAUUAGUGCCCAAGGCAUGGGUAACUUACACAUCUGUGAAGGCACCAUUAAUGCUGAAAGGUACAUACAGGUUUUGGAACAACAUAUGCUGCGUCUUUUUCAUGGACGCCCCUGCUUAUUUCAGCAAGACAUUGCCAAGUCACAUUCAGCUCGUGUUACGACAGCUUGGCUUCGUAAAAAAAAGAGUGCGGGUACUUUCCUGGCCCGCCUGCAGUCCAGACCUGUCUCCCAUCGAAAAUGUGUGGCGCAUUAUGAAGUGUAAAUCCCGGACUGUUGAAGGACUGAAGCUCUACAUAAAACAAGAAUGUGAAAGAAUUCCACUUUCAAAGCUUCAACAAUUAGUUUCCUCAAUUCCCAAACGUUUAUUGAGUGUUGUUAAAAGAAAAGGUGAUGUAACACAGUGGUGAACAUGCCCUUUCCCAACUACUUUGGCAUGUGUUGCAGCCAUGAAAUUUUUAGUUGAUUAUUAUUUGCAAAAAAAAAAAAAAAGUUUAUCAGUUUGAACAUCAAAUAUGUUGUCUUUGUAGCAUAUUCAACUGAAUAUGGGUUGAAAAUGCAAAUCCUUGUAUUUUGUUUACAUCUAACACAAUUUCCCAACUCAUAUGGAAAUAUGGAGCGUCUAAAAACAUGGCGCCAAAAAGGCAGCCACUGUGUACAGUGUAUUAUAGCUCCUUUGUGUCCCUUUUUUGCAUGUUGAAUAACUUUAUUGUGAAGAGUAUUUAAACACUUUCUCAUGUCAAUAAACGUUAUAGGACUUUGAA